AAGUUUUCUAAAAGGCCGGAUUCCGUGUUUUUAUAUUGCCAGUAAACUGUUCACCAAAGUUCAUGGAUAUUACUUGUUGUUCUGUGGUAUUGCUGAGAAAAAAACUAGGAAGGUCUGACUUAAUAAUUUGACGCGCCAGUCCCCGUCAAAAGUAAAAAGUUAUUUUUUCAAGAUCGGACGUGAUUCCAGAUGGAGGGCGGGUAGCCUACGUCUUCCCGAGAGAACAAAGGGCGGAGCGGUGUGUCCGGCCGCAUCACCAGCCGUGAAGCCCGCAGAACCAUCGCGUUAGACACAAUUCUGUACCAAAGAAGAAGAAGCGAGUGCUGCUCCCAGUUUGACUGGUACGAGGCAUCCCAGACGAGAUACACUGUACCUAUACUCUUCUACAUCGCUCAUGAUCCGAUUAGAGAAGAGUUGGCCGGUGUUUGCAUGCUGAGGCUCUGGGCCAAACGGAAUGCAGAGCAUUAAGUGUGUGGUGGUGGGGGACGGCGCUGUGGGGAAGACCUGCCUCCUGAUCUCCUACACCACCAACGCCUUCCCCAAAGAGUACAUCCCAACCGUCUUCGACAACUACAGCGCCCAGGUGACCGUGGACAACCGCGUGGUCAGCCUGAACCUGUGGGACACGGCGGGCCAGGAGGAGUACGAUCGCCUGCGCACGCUGUCCUACCCGCAGACCAACGUCUUCAUCAUCUGCUUCUCCGUGGCCAGCCCGCCCUCCUACGAGAACGUCAAGCACAAGUGGCACCCGGAGGUGACCCACCACUGCCCCAGCGUGCCCAUCCUGCUGGUGGGCACCAAGAAGGACCUGCGGGCCGACCCGGAGGUGCUGAAGAAGCUGAAGGAGCAGAACCAGACCGCCGUCACCCAGCAGCAGGGGGCGGCGCUGGCGAGGCAGAUCCACGCCCUCAAGUACCUGGAGUGCUCCGCCCUCAACCAGGAGGGGGUCAAGGAGGUGUUCGCAGAAGCCAUGAGGGCCUUCCUCAACCCCCAGGCCCCCGCCUCUGGCAAAAAGACCUGUGUGCUCCUAUAGAGAGAGAGAGAGGGGGAGAGAGAAUGAGAGAGGGAGAGAGAGGGAGAGAGAGAGGGGGGAGAGAGAGGG